CAAACAGCAGAAGAGUAGUAUACAAGCUCUGAUUUUUUUUUUUUUUUUUUUUUGCAAAGACCCAAAAGUAUAGUGUUUGGGAACCAUCUGUCCUGGCACUUCUCUUUAUAUCACCAAAUCUAAAGAAAUGCAAGUGAAAUAGAAGAGUUUUACUGAAUUUCUUUUAUGUAAUCAGAGUGGACUUUGACAGAGCAACACAAAAGAAAUAUUAUAGACAUUUUGCUCCUGAUCAUAAAAGGAUAUGCUGACAUCCUAAGAGACUUUCAGGAAAGAAUGAGUACUAGACGAAAAUUCCUAGUACUGAUUCUAUCUGUUUUAUCACUGAUACACCUUGAACAUCAUUUCAGAAUGAAGAAUCACCUACAGAAGAUCUAUGUCUGUUGGAAUGAUCAAGUAGAAGAACCUCAGCUCUCUGCCUGGUUUAAUUCUAAAAAACGUUCUGAUGUUAAAACAACAACUGACUGGAAUGCUCCAAUCAUAUGGGAAGGAACUUAUAAUAGAAAGGUUCUGGAAGAAUAUUAUAAGAGGCUGAAUAUUACUAUAGGCUUGGUUGUAUUUGCUCAUGGAAAACUUGCUAAUUGGCAAUUGAAACAGUUCCUGCAAUCUGCUGAUAAGCACUUUAUGGUUGGCUACAAUGUUAUUUUUUAUAUCCUCAUUGAUCAUGAAAUCACCAAAACACCUAUUUUAGAAUUAGGCCCCCUUCGAACAUUCAAGAUAUUUUAUACUUACAAAGAAGAUACAUGGAAUGACCCUGAUUUCAUAUACAUGAUGAACUUAAGGACAUAUAUUAUAGAUUACAUCCAGUUUGAAGUCAAUUUUCUCUUUUCUAUGACUGCAAAUCAGAUCUUCAAGAAUGACUUUGGAGUAGAAACCCUGGGCAGAACUGUAGCUCAGCUUCACUCAUGGUGGUAUUUUCAGAAUGUUAAUGAUUUCCCUUAUGAGAGAAGACACAGAUCAUCAGCUUUCAUCCCAUAUGGACAGGGCGAUUUUUAUUAUCAUGGUGCAACUUUUGGUGGCAAACCCCAUGAGCUUUUAAGAUUCUUUAACGAAUAUCAAACAAGAAUUAAUUUUGAUGCCACAAAUAAAGUUAAUAGUACAUAUGAAAAGCACCUAAACAAAUAUCUUUUUGUCAAUAAACCCACUAAGCUAUUAUCACCAGAAUACAACUGGGAUCCAAUUUUUAAAGCUCCUCCACAAAUUAAGCAAGUUAAGAUAGCAUGGCAGCGAGAAAUGAGUUGAUCAUUAUAUAACUAGGAUUAUUGAUUAAUAAGUGAUUAAUAAGUAAUAUCUCAGAUAUAAAACCCAUGAAAUUUUUCAAACUCUUAGAAACUUAGAAAAAUGUAAAGUUUUCAAAAAAAUUUUCAUUCUUGCAAUUUUGAGCCUUCUAAUUCUACUUAUGUUGGAUAAAGAAUAAAUAAAUGAUAACAUGGUGUUACAUAUGUAUUAUAAAUAAUAUAUUACAUGUGUAUUAUAAAUAAUUUAGAAAUGCUUUUGGAGUUACGAAUGAUUUUUUGUGAAGAAACACGCUCAGACUCUACUGUAGUGCAGAAGCUUAAUCCUCUGCCUGUGAUGCCAGCAUCCCAUAUGGUUCUAGUCCUGGCUGCUCCUCUUCCAAUCCAGCUCUCUGCUAUGGCUUGGGAAAGCAGUAGAAGAUGGUCAACUCCUUGGGCCUUUGCACCUGCAUGGGAGACCCAGAAGAAGUUCCUGGCUCCUGGCUUCAGAACAGCUCAGCUCCGGCUGAUGCAGCCAUUUGGGGAGAGAACCAGCAGAUGGAAGACCUUUCUCUCAGUCUCUUCCCCUCUUUCUCUGUAACUCUACCUCUCAAAUAAAUAAAUAAGAUCUUAAAAAAAUUAAGAACUAGAGUUAAAAGAACUUUUUAUCUUAACCCCCUUCUAUGGGGGAAAAACAAGUUUAGUAAGUAUUCUGUAAGUGAAAUGCAUUAUUGCUUAUUAAAACAUUUAAAAUCAUAAAGAAUAUUGAUGAUGCCUAUGGCAGGCACACUCUGCGAUGGCACCUAAUGAUCCACUUCUCCUGGUAUUCAUGUCCUUAUGUGAGUCAUGGCUGCUCCUCCUCUUCACCUGGAGUGUGGGAUGAAUUCCUUAUAAUUAGUAGAAAAUGAGAAGUCAUUUUCAUGAUUAGUUUACAUGUGACUGUACUCUGUCUCACUAGUAGACCUUCUUCCUUUGCUGCCUUUGACGUAGGAAGUUGCCAUGUUAGAGAAGUCCUCAUAGGAAGGAACUGAAGGCAACCCCCAUCCAAUAGCCAAAAAGGAGCUGAGACUCUCAGUCAGUUCAACCACCCUCAAGGAACUGAACACAGCUGACACCACAAAUGUACACUUCGAAGCAGAUCUUUACCCAGUCAUGUCUUCAGGUGAGGCUUCAUUGCUAGCCAACACCUUGAUUACAGGCUUGUGAGAGACCCCAAGGCAGAAGACACAGCUAAGCCAGGCCCAAGUUCCUGACCCACAGAGUGACCUAUGCUCAGUGUUUCCUGUUACAGUUUGG